UGGAACGAUCAUCCUCAGUUGGAAUGAAAAGCAGGGCAGGGUUCUCGCCUUCAUUAAUAACAGAUGAGGAUCCAGAUCAAAAUGUAUGAAACCAAACUAUUGAGUCUUAUCAUGCUCAGAAGAAGAUUAAUAUCCAGAAAGCUAUACAGUUGAGGGAGUCAAGAAUGACCAAGUCAGAUUAUUACUACAAGUUAGAUUCACUUGUAAAGAAAAUAAAAAAUUACCAAGAGAAAUUUAGCUGGGAUCGAAGAGCUCCAAAACGUAAAAUGAAGCUCAUUCUGAAUCUCUCACUUAAAUAAAUCCUGGUCAUGCGAAAAUAAGAUAAGGUUUAAGAAGAAACGGAUAAGCAAGGACCAGAGAAACAGUAUUAAGAAUAUCGUCCUUGCACCAGUGAAGAAGGUCUCACUCAGGAAGGUAAGCUGGUUCAACAUCUAGA